UCCUUUGUAGUACUCUUCUAGAUAUUGUGAUCUGCAGAAAGUUGAAGCAAUGAGUCCCAUUUCUCACUCCGGCGACACCCACAUCGACGUUGAAUUUACCGAUCAACACGUGUCAUUUUCCGAUCAGAUUGACGAGCCUAUCCAAGCCAACGUUCCCUUACUAUUACAACGUUCUUAUGCAAGAUCAAGAUCAUCUAUAUUUGAUGAGCUAAGAAAUUUUAGGAUAAGCCUCAAAUGGUGGGCACUUGACCACUCUUCAUGCAUGGGCAAGUUCAUAUCCUACCUUACAUUCACAAUAUUCACCAUCUUCAUCCCCGCCGUGGCCUCCUUUGCCGUCCGAGUCCCGGCCACCGCACUGGCCGACGACCCCAUUUCCUUGAACAAGCUGGUGCAACUUCCGGCCUCAGGAUUAGCUGUGAUAGGAUUCUUCACGUUGUCUAGGUUCUUUCGAAGGUAUGGUCUCCGACAACUUUUAUUUUUGGACGAUUUACAGGACGACUCGAUGCACAUUCGUCGUGGGUACACCGGAGAGCUAGACAAGGCCUUUCGAUACCUAGCUUGCAUACUUUUACCAUCCUUUUUUGUUGAACUAGCCCACAAAAUUAUAUUCUUCUCAACAGUGACAACAUCAAUACCAUAUGUUAACCCCAAAAAUAUAGUUCCAAUCAAUUCCGUUUUAUUUGUGUUGGUUUUGGCUUCAUGGGUUUAUAGGACAGGUGUAUUCUUGCUUGUUUGUGUGUUGUUUCGUUCGACUUGUGAGCUCCAGUUGCUUAGGUUUGAAGGGCUCCGUAAAAUGUUGGAGGGAUGUGGGUCAGAUUCCGGUGUCAUUUUCGAAGAACAUCUGAGGAUUAGGAAGCAGUUAUCAGUUACUAGCCAUAGAUAUAGGUUCUUUAUUAUUGCUUGUUUGGUUACCAUCACAGUUAGUCAAUUGGGAGCCUUGUUGCUGGUGUUGACAUCAAAAUCGGAGAAGAAUUUCUUCAAUUCUGGUGAUCUUGUGGUUUGUUCAGCAGUUGAGAUAAGUGGCUUCUUUUUGUGUCUGAUGGGAGCAGCAAGAAUCACACACAGAGCUCAAGGGAUUGUGUCAGUUGCAACUAGAUGGCAUAUGCUUGUUACAUGUGCCUCUACUUCUUCUACUUGUGGACCACCACCAGACAGGCCAAAAGGUCAAAAUAUGUGGACACCAACAUCUAAAUACAGUGACAGUGACUCUGAUUCACCACAAACUUUCAUCACAAUUUGCUCACAACACCCAUCCUGCUUCCGCACAAGGCAAGCUUUAGUUGCAUAUUUGGAGCACAACAAUGGAGGAAUAACGUUGUUUGGUUUUGCACUUGAUCGCGGAUUGCUUCACACGCUCUUUGCAUUCGAAUUCUCUCUGGUGUUGUGGAUACUAAGUAAGGUGGUUGUUCUGUCUUAGAGCCGAAAUUCCAAAAAACAGAUUCAGGAGGUGCUUCUGUUCUGUCCCUUCAAUUUUAUAUAUGAUGCACAGAGGAACUUUUGAGUUACAAAUGCAAGCCACUUAAAUUCACAAUUAUUGUUCUUAUAUGAUCCACUCAAGUUUAACUAUAACUCUGCAUAUUUGCAUUCUUGAAAAAUAUGCUUUUGUAAUUGUCUUUUUGCUAUGAUUUGUUCAAACUACUGUUGGAAAAAAAAAUACUGUAAGAAAAUAAUGUGUAUCAAUGAUUAUUUUCAUGGAGUUUAUUUCUCAG